UCCGGAGCGGAAGCGUUUCUCCCCCUGCAUCUAUAAAAAGCAGAGAUGGGACACUGCCGAACCAUGAACGCACCAUAGUCCUGUUUACGUCUCGCAGUGUAUCCGGAGCAAAUGUGGUGGAAUCAAGGAUCUGCCGGAGUAAAGGAGACGAGGUCUACAGACGGCGACUGAAGACGAACGUCUGCGGUUGUGGGGGCUGAAAUUCUCACCAGCUGCUCUCAUGUUGCUCAGACCGACUGUGCCUGCAACAAUAGAACCAACAUCUCGGACGUUCUGACGCAUGGUGGUAACCAUCAUUGGCUUCUCCUCAUAGUUACAUCUGGGCUCUUCAUCCUUGGCACAAAAUGGCCGAUAGCGUAAACACCCUUCCCUUCUUCUAUGGCAACAUCACCCGGGAGGAGGCGGAGGACUUCCUGAGGCACGGGGGCCUGAGCAGUGGUCUGUACCUGCUGAGGCAAAGUCGAAAUCAUCUCGGGGGCUUCGCUCUGUCGCUGUCACACUCUGGCCGCUGCUACCACUACACCAUAGAGAGACAGCCCAACGAGCGGUACGCCAUCGCUGGAGGGAAGAGUCACAGCAGUCCCAUUGGUGUGAUCGACUUCCACUCCCAGGAGACGGACGGCCUGGUGUGCUUGCUGAAGAAACCUUGCAACCGACCAAGCAACAUGCAGCCCAAGGUCGGACGGUUCGAAGACCUGAAGGAACAAAUGAUACAAGAGUUUGUCAAGCAGACCUGGAAUUUACACGGAGCAGCCCUGGAACAAGCCAUCAUCAGCCAGCGUCCAAGGCUGGAGAAGAUCAUCGCCACCACGGCUCAUGAGAGAAUGCCGUGGUACCACGGAGAAAUCACCAGAGAGCAGUCAGAGCCCAGACUUCAGAAUGGCGCCAGGACCAACGGAAAAUUCCUGAUCCGUCAGAGGGAUGUGAAUGGAUCCUACGCCCUCUGCUUACUUCACGAGGGAAAGGUCAUGCACUAUCGUAUCGACAAAGACAGCACGGGAAAACUCUCCAUCCCUGACGGCAAGAAGUUUGACACGCUGUGGCAGCUGGUGGAGCACUACUCUUACAAACCUGACGGUCUGCUGAGAGUCUUGACCGAACCUUGUCCACGACCACCUGGGGAGAGUGCAGGAUUAAGAUCGCCAGUGCCCAAUCACCAUCAGGGGUUUUCUUUAUCAAGUGUAGCAGAUGGAUUUUUUGCCAAGAUGCACAAGUGGCCCUUUUUUCGACACGACACCCCAGACUCCAAUGUGUAUGAACACAAGGGACCCAUCCAAGAGGCAAUGCCGAUGGACACAGACUUGUACAAUCCCUACGAAGACCCAGACGAACUGAGAGGAUCGACAGUCGAUCGGAGCCAGCUGUUCUUGGAGGACGGGGAGUUGGGCUCUGGGAACUUUGGUACAGUGAUGAAGGGCAUUUAUAAGACGAGGAGGAAAGAGAAAGCAGUCGCUGUGAAAAUCCUUAAAAACGACGACAACAAUCCGGCAGUACGAGAGGAGAUGUUGCGAGAAGCAAAUGUGAUGCAGCAGCUCGACAAUCCGUACAUUGUCAGGAUGAUCGGCAUCUGUGAGGCAGAGAACCUGAUGCUGGUGAUGGAGCUGGCCGAGCUGGGGCCGCUGCACAAGUUCUUGCAGAAGAACAGAGACACCACCAUCAAGAACGUGACUGAACUGGUGCACCAGGUAGCCUGCGGGAUGAAGUACCUGGAAGAGCACAACUUUGUCCAUCGAGAUCUGGCGGCGAGGAACGUCCUACUGGUCUCUCAGCAUUACGCCAAGAUCAGUGACUUUGGACUCUCUAAAGUGAUUGGAGAUGACCAGAACUACUACAAGGCAAAGGCUCAUGGGAAGUGGCCUGUGAAGUGGUACGCUCCAGAGUGCAUGAACUACUUCAAAUUCUCUUCCAAAAGUGAUGUGUGGAGUUUUGGGGUGCUCAUGUGGGAAGCCUACUCAUAUGGCCAGAAGCCAUACAGGGGGAUGAAAGGAAACGACGUAAAUCAGAUGAUAGAGAGUGGGGCUCGUCUGGAAGCCCCCAAGAACUGUCCCCAGGAGAUCUACAACCUGAUGAUGACCUGCUGGACUUACAAGGUGGAGGACAGACCGCCGUUCUCUGUGGUGGAGCCGCGGCUGAGAGAUUACUACUAUGACACGGCGCACUGAGGAGUCUCGUUCAAAUGACUCUGCAAUACGACAUGAUGGCAGAGUUUUAAACGCAUCGAUGCAAUGUUUUUAAACUAUUAAACUGUAACAGUGUCCGCUUAAGCAAUAAAACCUAUUG